UGAUCUCAGUGGGAGGGGAAGUAGACCUCUCUGGCGCCUUGGUCGUGUCAGUGCUGACGGCGACUAACACGCGGUGCUCAGCUCCUUUCGCUUAUCCUGAGACUCCUGAGAAGAUGCCAAAGGCCAAGUCCGCGGCGAGUGGCCGCCGGCGCGAGCGGCUGGAGCAGCGCCGGGAGCUGAAGCGGGCCGGAGGACUCAUGUUCAACACAGGGAUUGGACAGCACAUUUUGAAAAAUCCUCUCAUUGUCAACAGCAUUAUCGAUAAGGCUGCGCUAAGACCUACUGAUGUGGUGCUAGAAGUUGGGCCUGGGACUGGAAAUAUGACCGUCAAGCUGUUAGAAAAGGCCAAAAAGGUAGUUGCCUGUGAACUUGAUCCAAGGCUAGUAGCUGAACUUCACAAAAGAGUUCAGGGCACGCCUCUGGCCAGCAAACUCCAGGUCCUGGUGGGAGAUGUAUUGAAAUCAGAUUUGCCGUUCUUCGAUGCUUGUGUGGCAAACCUGCCUUAUCAGAUCUCCUCUCCUUUUGUCUUCAAGUUGCUGCUCCACCGACCAUUUUUCAGAUGUGCUAUACUUAUGUUUCAAAGAGAAUUUGCUCUUCGUUUGGUUGCAAAACCUGGGGAUAAAUUAUACUGCAGACUCUCCAUUAAUACACAGCUUUUAGCUCGUGUGGAUCAUCUAAUGAAGGUGGGAAAGAAUAACUUCAGACCACCCCCCAAGGUGGAGUCCAGCGUUGUAAGGAUAGAACCUAAGAAUCCGCCACCACCUAUCAAUUUCCAGGAAUGGGAUGGCCUAGUAAGGAUCACCUUUGUUCGGAAAAACAAGACACUGUCUGCUGCAUUCAAAUCAAGUGCAGUACAACAGCUGUUGGAAAGAAACUACAGAAUUCACUGUUCAGUACAUAAUACUGUAAUACCAGAAGAUUUCAGUAUAGCAGAUAAAAUACAGCAAAUCCUAACCAGCACAGGUUUUAGUGACAAACGGGCCCGUUCCAUGGACAUAGAUGACUUUAUCAGGUUGCUACAUGGAUUCAAUGCAGAAGGCAUCCACUUUUCCUAGCCAUUUGAAAAUUUUUUUUUCAAGACCAG